UAUUGUCACCGGUGCUAUUUUUUUUCAACCCAAAGACGCACAAUGCCCAAAGACGUAAAUUAAAAUUAAAGAAACACAAAUGUAAAUAAUGCCGGCCUAUGAAGCAGCUGUAAUAAUAAGAUCUGCCUUAGAAAGGCCUCAGUUGAAAACAGCUUUGAAGUAUGUAUGUCAGAAUUUUCUGGAAGAAGGUGGCUUGAUACGAAAUAUUGAAAACCUCGGUCACAGAGAGCUACCAAAUGGCAUGAGAGCUCAUAAAAAACGUCAUUCUCAUGGAAAUUAUUUUUGUAUCCAGUUUGAAAGUUCAGUAGAGGCAAUGGAAGAAAUUAACAAGAAAUGUUCACGUACAAAAGAAGUAAUUCGCUGUAAUAUUUUGAGAGAACAGGAACCAAUGCGACGGCCUUGCCUUGAUGGACCUUGUCUAUUUGGAGAAAUACCAAAUCCUGAUCAUGACAGAGCUGCAUACACCAGAAAAGUGUUGACAAGAUAUAAGAAUAGACGAGUUUCUAAUGUCUGACAGUUUCCAAUUUAUGACAAAUAACUAUAACAGUUUGAUCAUGUUUGUUUCAAGAAAGCAAGAAUGUAUGCUGUCUGCAAGUUGAAGGCUGUCAUGUGAUGUGUUUAUUUUGGUGAAAGUAUUGAAAUUGUCAAAUAAACAAAACUUUUCAG